CAAAAAUAAACUAAAAGAAAAAUAAUAAAAAAGAAAUAAAAAACAAACUUAUUUUAUUACAAUUAAAUGAAAUCAUAAAUUACUUUUGCUAUAGUAUUUUUACUAUUCGCAAGUUCUGUUUAUUCUAGAAAUGCUACUUGCAAUAAAGCAGUUGACUAAUAUGCUCCAAACAAUACUUUCUUAACAGGUUACUUGAAUCCUGGAUUCGAUGAUCCCAUCACUGGCUUAGGAUUUGUAUUUUACUCUAAGAUAAAUGCAACUACUAUUGAAGAAAUUGCAUAAGCUCCUACACUUAUAUGGCUUAAUGGUGGUCCUGGAUCAAGCAGUAUGGAGGGUGCUUAUUUUGAAAAUGGUCCUUAUAGAGUCUUGAGUGAGAAUGGUACUUAAGUUAUCAGAACUAACCCAGACGCUUGGACUAAUAAGUACAAUGUCUUAUAUAUUGAUUAACCUAUUGCUGUUGGUUUUUCUCGUUCUGAAAAAGAUUCUAAUCUACCUCACAACGAAACUAUUGUUGGUUAAUAGUUCUAUAGAGCUCUUUUAUCUUUCUACACAGGUUCUGGUUGUUAUAACAAUCCCAUACUUCACUAAUCUCCCUUAUUCAUUACAGGUGAAAGCUAUGGAGGAAAAUAUAUUCCUAAUAUUGCUGCUGAAAUUAUAAGAUAAAAUUAAAUUGCUGCUGCUUCUGGUUAAUUAGUAAUCCCCCUUAAAGGUGUCUCUAUCGGUGAUCCUUUAAUUGACCCCUAACAUUAACUUUAUUAACUAGGAGAUUACGGAGUACAAAAUGGUCUUAUUUCUGAUAAAACUAAAAUACGUCUUUAAUCUAUUUUAAAUAAGAUGCAUACCUAUUUCAAGGCUAAUGACUAUUAAAAAGCUUCUAACACAUACGACGAAGCUAUCAGCUUUUUCAUGUAAAACUCUAUCAACAAAUUAUAAAACGUCUAUAAUUAUAAAAUUGGUCCUUACCCUGAUGAUUUUGUAGGAGAUCACUGCGAAAAUUAUAUUAAACAAUUUGGCUUUGAUACAAGUUUUAAAUAUGAUAGUACUAGUUUUAAAAUUUCUAAUUCUUUAUCUUUAGACUGUUUUACUCCUAAUGGUAUCCCUGCUCUCUAAUAUAUACUUGCUAAUAACUUACCAGUAAUUAUUUACAAUGGUGAUAACGAUAUCUUAAUUAACACACCUGGUGUAACCACUUUCAUCAAUGGUUUCUCUUGGGAAGGUUAAUAAGUAUUUUCUAAAUUACCUAUGGUAAAUAUCACAAAUAACAAUCAAACAGUCGCUACAUAUAAAAGCUACUUAAACUUACAUUUUGCCACUAUUUUAGAUGCUGGUCAUUUGGUUCCUUAUGACUAACCUGAGAGCAUGAAUAUCAUCCUUGACAACUUCAUCGAAAAAACUCUUAGCUAAUAAACUUAACUCAGAUAAGAUUGA